AUGCUCCAUAAUCGAGCGCCAUCCGCUACAAGAAUCAGCGGCAAACCACAUAUUUAUUUGAAAGCCGAUGGCAAGCAGCAAAACACAGGAAACAGCUUUUGGGGUCGUCGCAGUCAUGUUUCUGCUUUUUCUGGCCUCCUAAGUUUGCUUUUCGCAAUUGGCACGUUUCUUUUCGUGCAGUUUCUUCGUAUCUGCCUCGAGCAUUUCGACGGCUCUCUACGGCAGGGCUUGUUUGAGCUACUGGUAUACUCAUCACCGAUAGACCUUUUUCGACACUAUCUUCCUGAAAUGUCCUAUGGCCAUGUGAUGGCGUAUGCGAGCUGGAUAAUUUCUCAGGGACUGUUGUACUCCCUUCUUCCCGGGAAGACCGUCUAUGGGCCACCAACACCGGGAGGGAAUACUUUGCCCUACCGGAUAAACGGACUGUUGUCGUGGUGUGUCACAGUUGGUACAGUCAUUCUGGCCGCUUGUAUAGGAGGUGUUGAGGUAGUUGCAAGCUUAGCCCAAAAUUGGGCAGGAGUAUUAGCCGCAGCGAACGUCUAUGGACUAGUAUUGCCAGCUCUGGCUGUGGCGAAGGGUCAUAUGUGGCCGAGCUUUAAGACCGAUCGGCGGCUGAGUGGCUCUAUCUUUCACGAUUUUCUGGUUGGUGUUGAACUGAAUCCCCGGCUGGGUCGGCACUGGGAUCUGAAGAUGUUCCAAGUUGGCCGUCUAGGAAUGAACUCCUGGGUAGUGAUGUACCUUACAACCAUAGACAUUGCCCAUGACCACUUCGGCUUCACCCUCGCCUGGGGCUCUGCCGUUUGGUUACCCAUGGUCUAUACUGUGCAAGCCCAAUACUUGGCCUUACAUCCAGUUGAGCUCUCUUCAUUCACAUUCAGCGCGAUCCUUGGAACAGGUAUCUUGAGCUAUGUGCUAUUUCGUCUUGCCAACCACCAGAAACAUCAUUUCCGACAAACGAAGGGCAAUUGCCAGAUUGCCGGUAGCAAGCCUCGCGUGAUCAGGGCCCAGUAUACUACGGCGAAGGGGAAAGUCCACGAGACAUUUUUGCUGUAUUCUGGCUGCUGGGGGAUUGUGCGCCAUCCCAACUAUGUUGGUGACAUUGUUUUCUCUUUCUGCACGUGCGUGUGCUGUGGAUGGUCCCAUGUUCUACCGUAUAUCUAUUUCAUCUAUAUGACUAUACUGCUGGUCCACCGGUGCCAUCGGGAUGAGAAGCGGUGUUCAGCUAAGUACGGGUCACGGUGGGAGGAGUAUCAGCAGAUGGUGCGGUGGAGGAUGAUCCCUGGAUUAUUCUGA